AAGGGAGUGAGGAUUGCAUGGGGGUCUGGUCCUCAGUGUAAACCUGCCCAGAACAGUCAGGGCCUUGCAUUCUUUCCGAUCAGAGCUGCCUCCCAGGAGGAAGGCGCUCACAGGCCUUUUAUCCAAAGCAGCCUCUUGCCCCGGGCCCCAAAGGAAGGCCAGCAGACCCUGCCCUGCUGGGAGGGAGGUGGGUCCCAGAAGCCCUCCCUCCGCCCGUCCCUUCCCUCUCCUCCCUGGCGCAGCUUUAUGGCCGGCAUAUGGAAACUGUUCCUCUUUACCCGGCACCCCCAGGAUGCGGCUGCACACUGUGCUCCAGCGAACGGAAACCCUGGAUUCCCGCAGGGCCGUUGCGGAGGCUGAAUGCAGAGCAGCCAGCUGUUUUGCAGGGAGCGUCUGGGCCCUGUUACAUCAGCGUUGCCAUCUGUGCAAACAGGUCAUCCUGGUGCGUCGGCCUGCGCUCUGGCUGGGGCGCUGCUCUCAGACGUGGAGGCAGAGUUUCUGUUGCUGUUUUGAAGCCGCAUGCCUGUCCUUCCGGCUCGUUUCCCAGUCCCUUCUUCUGCCAGUGAUUUUAGUUCACCUCCCCGGGCUGCUUGCCAGGACUCGGGGAGAGUAGUUUAGGGGUCGGUGUUGCGUAAGUCUUGAGUGGCUAAGGUCUACGGGUCUAAAAAGGCUGCCGACUGGUUCUCACCGGAGCGCCCUCUGCCUAGGGCACCAGGGGUGCAGAACGAGAUGUUUCCUUCAGGGAACUUUCCCCGGAGGCGCAUGUGGGAGCUUCCUGGUUGCCACGAGCGUUCCUUCCUGGUCAGCCUCCUCUGGCCCUUUGGAAGCCUGCUGUGAGCAGAGAAACUGGCUUCCCUGAGAACCAGGCAGACGGCUUCUCCCCCCCUCCUGCCUGCUGCGCGUCUUCUCCCUUCUUCCCUCCGGUCUCGGCCCAGCUGCCGAGGUAGAAAUGCCGAGGCCGGGCCCAGCCGUCCUCUUCCUGGAGGAGGCAGUGGAGGGCCAGCUCCCCGCCGGCCCUGCGGUGAGGUCAUCCUGCCUCCUGGAGCGGGGCCUUUGCAGUCCGCCUCCACCUCGCCUUUCCAGCUGUCCUGGAAGAACCCACCCUGCCCUGGAUGGAAGCAGCUAUGCCGUCCCCGGCUCCCAGGCCUCCAGCCUGAGCUCAGAGGGCGAGAGUUUCCCCUCGAGCCCCACUGGACACAACUGGGAGAUGAAUUACCAAGAGGCGGCCAUCUACCUCCAGGAAGGCGAGAAUAACGACAAGUUCUUCACCCACCCCAAGAAUGCCAAAGCGCUGGCGGCCUACCUCUUCGCACACAACCACCUCUUCUACCUGAUGGAGCUGUCCACGGCCCUGCUGCUGCUGCUGCUGUCGCUGUGCGAGGCCCCUGCCGUCCCCGCGCUCCGCCUCGGCAUCUAUGUCCACGCGACCCUGGAGCUGUUCGCCCUGAUGGUGGUCGUCUUUGAACUCUGCAUGAAGUUGCGCUGGCUGGGCCUCCACACCUUUGUCCGGCAUAAGCGGACCAUGGUCAAGACCUCCGUGCUGGUGGUGCAGUUCAUCGAGGCCAUCGUGGUGCUGGUGCGGCAGACGUCCCACAUGCGGGUGACCCGGGCGCUGCGCUGCAUUUUCCUGGUGGACUGUCGGUACUGCGGUGGCGUCCGGCGCAACCUGCGGCAGAUCUUCCAGUCACUGCCACCCUUCAUGGACAUCCUACUGCUGCUGCUCUUCUUCAUGGUCAUUUUCGCCAUCCUCGGUUUCUACUUGUUCUCCCCUAAUCCUUCAGACCCCUACUUCAGCACCCUGGAGAGCAGCAUCGUCAGUCUGUUUGUCCUCCUGACCACAGCCAAUUUCCCAGACGUGAUGAUGCCUUCCUACUCCCGGAACCCCUGGUCCUGCGUCUUCUUCAUCGUGUACCUCUCCAUCGAGCUGUACUUCAUCAUGAACCUGCUUCUGGCCGUGGUGUUCGACACCUUCAACGACAUCGAAAAACGCAAGUUCAAGUCUUUGCUGUUGCAUAAGCGAACCGCCAUCCAGCACGCGUACCGCCUGCUCAUCAGCCAGCGGAGCCCCGCCGGCAUCUCCUACAGGCAGUUUGAAGGCCUGAUGCGCUUCUACAAGCCCCGGAUGAAUGCCUGGGAGCGCUACCUGACUUUCAAGGCCCUGAAUCAGAGCAACACCCCUCUGCUCAGCCUGAAGGACUUUUAUGAUAUCUAUGAAGUCACUGCCUUGAAGUGGAAGGCGAAGAAGAAUCGAGAACACUGGUUCGAUGAGCUUCCCCGGACAGCCUUCCUCAUCUUCAAAGGAGUUAACAUCCUGGUGAAGUCCAAAGCCUUUCAGUAUUUCAUGUACUUGGUGGUGGCAGUCAAUGGGGUCUGGGUCCUCGCCGAGACCUUCAUGCUGAGAGGGGGGAACUUCUUCUCCAAGCACGUGCCCUGGAGUUCCCUCGUCUUUCUCACUAUCUACGGGGUGGAGCUGUUCCUGAAGGUGGCUGGCCUGGGCCCCGUGGAGUACCUGUCCUCCGGCUGGAACCUGUUCGACUUCUCCGUCACAGCCUUCGCCUUCCUGGGACUGCUGGCGCUGGCCUUCAACAUGGAGCCCUUCUACUUCAUAGUCGUCCUGCGCCCGCUCCAGCUGCUGAGGCUGUUCAAACUGAAAAAGCGCUACCGCAACGUGCUGGACACCAUGUUUGAGCUGCUGCCCCGGAUGGCCAGCCUGGGCCUCACCCUGCUCAUCUUCUACUACUCCUUCGCCAUCGUGGGCAUGGAGUUCUUCUGCGGGAUCCUCUACCCCAACUGCUGCAACACCAGCACCGUGGCGGACGCCUACCGCUGGCGCAACCGCACGGUGGGCAACAGGACGGUCGUGGAGGACGGCUACUACUAUCUCAACAACUUCGACAACAUCCUGAACAGCUUUGUGACCUUGUUCGAGCUCACAGUUGUCAACAACUGGUACAUCAUCAUGGAAGGCGUCACCUCUCAGACCUCCCACUGGAGCCGCCUCUACUUCAUGACCUUCUACAUUGUGACCAUGGUGGUGAUGACCAUCAUCGUGGCCUUCAUUCUCGAGGCCUUCGUCUUCCGAAUGAACUUCAGCCGCAAGAACCAGGACUCGGAAGUUGAUGGUGGCAUCACCGUGGAGAAGGAACUGUCCAAGGACGAGCUGCUCGCUGUCCUCAAGCUGUCCCGGGAGGCGCGGGGCGCGGCGGCGGACGUCCCCCAGCUGCUCAAGGUCCUCUCCCAGAUGGAGAGAAACGAGCAAGGCACCGUGGUGUUCCUGGGACGGAGAUCCAGGACCAAGAGUGACCUGAGCCUGAAGAUGUACCAGGAGGAGAUCCGGGAGUGGUACGAGGAACACACCCGCAAGCAGGAGCAGCAGUCCGAAGGCAGCGGUGCCCCCGCCACCCAGCAGCCCCCAGGCGGCCGCCAGCGCUCGCAGACCAUCACCUAAGCCAGCUCACUCCCGAAAGCCAUCUCUUCUAUGCAAUAACACAAUAGCGUUAUUUUACUACGAUGUAUCGAAAUAAUGUGUAUAUACACAUAUGCACAUGCCCAUAUAUAUGCACAUAUUUAUAGAGACAACGGAAAAGACAGGCAGACAAGGUGGGGUUUGGUUUGUAACCUCACCCUGUUUUCCUGAACUCCAGAAGCCAGUUUGCUCUGGGGCACAGCCAGGCAGAAAGCGCUGGAAGGAAGGCCCCUUCCCAGGAACGCGGCUGGAAUGGACUCUGCCCUCACGGGGGCCAGCCUUCCCCAGGCCACAAUCACACCCACGUCUUCCUGAUGCCUUCAGGCUCACGUCCCAGCUGACAGCUUCCCCACUAACUUCCGCUGCGGCCUCGUCACGGGUUUCUGUCUUGCUUUAGGGACAAAACCACUUACGAAGGAGAAAACCCACAUCCUCGGUGUGUAUUUCUCUGUGAUAAUGGAAUAGGACGGUCCUUCAGGGACCUGUGCCCACGACCUAAUGGAAAGUGGAAUCAGGUGUGACUGUACCACGCGGUCAGGUCUCAGUGGUCAGGUCUCAGCCGGUGCUGGCCGGCAAGUGCCUGGCGCGUCUUGAGUCCUGGCUCUAAGCCUUCUGUCCCACCCCCCUUUUGGUUAGGUUUCAACUCUUGUUGCUGAAAAUCCUAACAGCCUCGGCUGGAAUCCAGGCCCAGCACGGAAGGGGGUUGGGGGUGGGGAGCAAGGGUGAGGCUGAGGGCUACACCCAGACCUGUUCCGGCAACAGCUUUCUCCACUGAGCCCCGCCCCCUGCUUGUGAUGGGCUGUCCAGGCAGAAAGAUGUGCAGGUUCCUCAGGAUUCUGCUCAAGCCCUUCACACUGCAUUAGGCUCUGCUGCUGGGCACCAGGGCCUCACCGGGAGGCGUGGCUGGUGCCGAAGCAGGUGCGAGUCGUCCUGGUGCCUGGGGAGCUGAGGUCAGAGUGGGUGGGGUGCCUCGGUGCUCGAAUCGGAAGCAGGCUGUUGGGGUUGGCAGCCCCAGUGAGGGCACAGUAGGGUCAGAGGAGGGAGCUUGGAGGCAGUGGCAGCUGCAGAGGGGCGCAGGGGUGGGAGGGGCAGGAGUGGCCCCUGCUCUCAGCUGCCUCCACAGCCUCCUGUGGCUUAGGAGGGCGGGCGGGCUGAGGUUCCCAGCAGGGCAGGCCUGAGCCCGGGUACAGUACCCAGCACCCUCUCCAAGGCCCAGCUGAUCCCUGUAACCCACAGUGCGCAGCUCUGCCCUUCCGGGGAGAGGAGUAGGCAUUUGUGAAAGCACAGCCCUUUGGGGACACCAGGAAGCCACUGGGAUCCCCACAGGGGGCAGGAGGCUGGCAGCCUGUCAGGGGCCAUCGGGCACCGGGCCAGGACCUCUCCACCUCCCGAGAAGAAACUUAUUUGCACAACUGGGUGCCUUGUAGCUUUUGUACUGAAACGGGCAUUUCGGAAGCAGGAGGGCUCCACCUGAGCCUCGGGCCUCACCCUAGCCCCUUCCUCUGCCCGCAGGCCCUGCGGCCCACAGUGAGGGCUGGCACAGGAGGGCGGGGUCUAGUCUAGACCUGCUUAGUGCAGUCACUGGUCGGCGCCUUCGGCACUGAAGCUGAGGACAGCUGUCCCCAGGGUCUCCAUGGUCUGGUCAAGCUGGUCCUCAAACCUGCGCACAGCACAGGGAGCAGGAGUCCCAGGGCUGUGAGCUCUGCAGGACCCGGGACAUCACCCGCCCAGACGCCCUCACUCCCCACGCAGCUGAGAAACCACGCUGAGACUGAGCUGCCUGGGUCAAGCGACCUGUGACCGUCAUGGCCCCUCCUUGCCCCCCACCCCCGCCUUACUCCACACCACGCGACAAUCAUUUUGUACGGACGGCAGGAACGGCCCUGUAAGGUUUUGUACGUUGGCGAUUUGUUACCUAGAAAACCCACGGUGUCUCCAGCUUCUGGCAUAUUAAUAAAGCGCCUCUGCUUUGUAA